AUGAAUACACACAUCGUCGCAAGAGCUAGUGGAUCAAAAGAUCGAGCUGUAUCCCGUGUCUCUGCCCCCACUGUUGAGAGAGUUUCGGAAACGGCCGUGAAUGAUAUUUUGAAGAUCACACCGAAAGGAGGGCCAGCUGCGGUCGCCUUUCAUGAGCUGGCUGUGAGAAAGCGCAACGGCCAUUUAGACGAGCAUCAUGCGCAAUUCAUCGUUGUCACCGAAAAGGGGCUCCUCUCCGCCACUGAGGGAUUCGAUUCUGAGCUUGAUGAAGGCGCGACAGUGGACACCACAAGCGACGAGGAAGUGCCCAUCUACCAUGGUUACUUCCGUCUGAAUUUUGACUGUACACCACUAAGCAAAGGGGUCAAGUGGGUCCUCGGAAAGGGAGUGGGCAACAACGUCCGCAGUCGAAAUGUCGAUAUUCUGCUCGCCGCACCAAGUUCUAGACACCGAAAACACCUCGCCAGCGCCCAUGCUUUCUUGAGAAUGAAUAUCGAAUCCGGGGCCUGGAUUCUCCACGCCGGCGAGGGUCAUCAUAUGAAAGAGCUCGAAUCGACGGCUCAAGCCAGCAGUGGUCCCGACGGCUUUGCGCAAUGUCGUCACAAGCCCGUAGUUCUCGAUGACGAGUUUAUGAAGCAUGGCUCGAUGCAGUGUUUGCAUCGUCCCCGAACGUCUUUCCUUGUGGGAGGUAUGCGCUACGAUAUUCAAUUUUGUGUUACUACGUCGGCAAAGGAGCAGCUCUAUCUCGAGGAGAGAAAGGCAUGGCUGAUGGCACGUGAGGCGCAAGUGCCCGAGACACGCAUAUCAGCUAUUCCCUUCGACUCCGACAUCCAUACCCCCUGGGCUGUGUUCAGACAAGGCAUGGGAAGCGGCACUUUCGGGGUUGUGCUGGAAGGGUUCCACCCGCGAACUGGAGACCUCAGAGCGGUCAAGAAGCUGGUCAUCAGAUCACAUAUCGAAGCACAGACCGUCAAAACCGAGAUCGAAAUCAGUGGAGCACUUGGUCACUCUCCAGGUAUUGUGCAUUUUUACGGUUGGUGUAACUCGCAAGCCGAAAGUACUCUAACGGGCUUCUAUCCGUUGGAAGUAUAUCUAUUUAUGGAAAGGGGAGUCUCUUUCAAGGAGCACCUAUGGCACGAGGAACUAGAGGCGGACUGGGCUUUGCGCACCCUACUGUUCAAGCAACUUCUAGAAGGCCUUGUCGCUAUUCAUAGCCGUGGCUGGAUGCAUCGUGAUAUUACCCCAAUGAAUGUCUUAUACUUCCCACGUGAACCGAGGCACGCUGGCAUAUGCGAUUUUGGAAAAUUACACCAAGCGACAACUAGUACUGUUGAGGAAAUAGCAGGGUGGAAGUGGCUCCCUCCCGAAAUCCAAAAAGGCAAAAAUCAAAAGUACGACCAAAAAAUCGACAUAUGGCUACUUGCAUAUACGCUUCUACAGUCUUGGUUCCCAGCUGAUUGGAUCAUUGGAAGAAGUCUCCGUUCAGAGAGAGAUCACCGAAUUGUCCUUCAAUUUCUAGCGCAGUGCGAGACGAGUGUGUCCUCUGUAUUGAAGACUAUGCUUUCGUGGGAUUCCCAUACCCGACCUACCGCCGCUGAAGCUCUGAUGGAUCUGGUCCGCGCAGAUCGUCCUCCUCCGGACGAACUGGUGUCCGCACUGCGUAAUCCCGCAACACACCACCUCUCGACAUAUUGGGCACUCAGGUACCUGGCGUUGCUGAAGGAGUCUUAUCGUCGUUUCGGCCGUGGCAAGCUCGCUGCUCAAUCGACGUCCCAACGCCUCGGCUUGCUCUUUUUCCUGUAUCAAAAGAUCGAACGGCUCUUUCUGUUGAAGCCAAUCUUGUCUCUCGGCCUCGUCGCAGGCGCCGACGCUCUCGUGUUUCUUCCGCUCUUGUGCAUCAAGAAGAUUUUUGUUCUGUCUGACAAGCUUAUUUUUCUGCCGGAGAAGAUAUUUGUUGUUGUCCUGCUCGACCUGAAGUGCACGCUGCAACUCAUCGAUGUCGUGCCGUGGAUCAUCGGCUCUGCUUGA